GUGACAGUGGCUGUGCGGCGUGUCCCCCCUCGGGGUGGGGAAGGAGGAAGGAGCACCCGCUGCUUGCAGCUGUAACAACAAGGGGGCAGCGAGAGGCUGCCGGAGCACCCAGCCGAGGGGGAGCGGCGCGACGGUCUGCUCCUCUGCCCCAGCCGCGCCGCACGGUGCCCUGAGUCCCUCGCACUGCACCGGCCGGGCUGGAGGAGGAGGAGGAGAAGGAGGAGGAGAUCGGGCGCUUUCACUCCUGCUGGCUCCGGAGGCUGAGGCAAAAGACAGAAAAAAGGAGGAGGGGAAUAAAAAUUAAAGAGGGGGGAGAGAGAGAGUGAAAGAAAACUAAGCCCAGCUUUUGCCGGUGCUGCUUGGAUUGGAUCUGGUUUGAGUUUCCUCUCUGCUGGCUUGUGCAGCAAGAGAGGAGGAGUGGGGGGAAGUAACUCGCUCACUCUUCCUCUGAAGCUCAAGCAAACGUGCUGGUGCCUGCACUGGUGGGGAGCUGCCCUGGGUGCAGUUGCCUCCUGGCUUAUUGCUCUCAGUUCCUAAAGAACUGCCUGGACUUCUCGAGGACCUGGAGGAAAAAGCAUCACUUCACAGAUCAGAGUUGCUCAGUGACUAUAGACUUGACAGUUGUGUUUUUGUGGUUUUUUGUGUGUUUUGGUGGUUUUUGUUUUUUCUUCUAGGGGAUUCUUUUUUUAAUUAUUUUUCUCCUGUGUCUCUCCGAGCAGCAGUUCCUUGAGUGUGUGGCAUUGAAAUCCAUUGAUUUGUUAACAACUUUGGGAGAUAUUUUAAAAAACUUUUUUUUCUUCUCUCUUUUGCUUUCUUUGCCUUAAAAAAAAAAAAAAAAGAGAAAAAAAAGAAAAGAUAAUCCUUUUGGGGGGAGGGGAGAUGAUCGUGCUGAUGUGGAAUAAGUGCUCCUGCUGUCUCCUCUUACUAGCCGCGGUCCUGAUCGUGGAGAGCUCCCAGCUAGACAGCUCCAGCUCCAAGGUGAACUCCAUCAAGUCCACCCUGAUGGGGGAGGCUCCAACUCAGACAACCAACAGAUCUGCAGGCAUCCACCAGGGACUGAUACUUGCUAGCAGUAAGAAGGGCAAAAUCCUAGAGCAGAUGGGAAAACCUCCCAAGCACUAUCACCGGCAAGGAGAGGCCUAUCCUUGUACCAAUGAUAAGGAAUGCGAAGUUGGGCGAUACUGCCACAGUCCUCAUCAAGCAACUUCUGCAUGCAUGAUGUGCCGGAGGAAGAAGAAGCGUUGCCACAGAGAUGGCAUGUGCUGCCCUGGGAACCGCUGCAACAAUGGUAUUUGCAUACCAGUAACCGAAAGCAUCCUUACCCCUCACAUCCCUGCUCUAGAAGGGCCACGCAAUAAGAAGAAUGGUCAUUAUGCUAGCAAGGAUUUGGGAUGGCAAAACCUAGGAAGGCCACGCUCCAAGCUGUCACACAUAAAAGGUAAGAUCACAUUUGCUCUAAACUGUGUUUAGUUUGUUCCUUUGUGUUAUGAAUCAUGUUGCUGUUAAGAUACAAAAACGAAAACCAGAAAUAGGUCAUAAUUUCACAGGGAGAGGAUGUCUAUCAUGAGAAUUAACAGUAUGACUCAAAAAGUGAUGUAAGAUCAACCAACAGUUCCUGUGUUUGAAAUAGCAUCUGCUUUCUUUUUCAUUGACACGAAGUC